GGGCUCCCGGGACCUUGCGCAUUGGCAGCGGCGGGCGCCGCUGGCUGGCGGUGGCGUCAUUUCCCAGGCUUUCUGCGCCUCGGUUCCUCCGCCUCGGUUUGGGGCGGGUGGGGAGAAUGGCUUCGGAGAUGGAGUCGUCGCUCGAGGCGAGCUUCUCGUCCAGCCUUGCGGUGUCGGCGGCCUCGGGGUGUCUGCCUCCGGCCCGCUCGCGCAUCUUCAAGAUCAUCGUGAUCGGCGACUCGAAUGUGGGCAAGACGUGCCUGACCUACCGCUUCUGCGCUGGCCGCUUCCCCGACCGCACCGAGGCCACGAUUGGGGUGGAUUUCAGAGAACGAGCGGUGGAAAUUGAUGGGGAACGCAUCAAGAUCCAGUUAUGGGACACAGCAGGACAAGAGCGAUUCAGAAAGAGCAUGGUGCAGCACUACUACAGGAAUGUCCACGCUGUUGUCUUCGUGUAUGACAUGACGAACAUGGCCAGUUUCCACAGCCUGCCAUCUUGGAUAGAGGAAUGCAAGCAGCAUUUGCUAGCCAAUGACAUACCACGGAUCCUCGUGGGAAACAAAUGUGACUUGAGAAGUGCCAUUCAGGUUCCCACAGACUUGGCACAAAAGUUUGCCGAUACACACAGUAUGCCUUUGUUUGAAACUUCUGCUAAAAACCCCAACGACAAUGAUCAUGUGGAAGCUAUAUUUAUGACCUUGGCUCAUAAGCUUAAGAGCCAUAAACCAUUAAUGCUUAGUCAACCCCCUGAUAAUGGAAUUAUCCUGAAGCCUGAACCAAAGCCUGCAAUGACGUGCUGGUGCUAAAUAUCUCUUGAUUAUACUACCAAUUUUGACUUAAAGAAAUACUUUUGAAGUAUGACAGUGAUAAUCGUAAGAUUAACUCUCAAAUAUAAUGGCUCAUCCUGACACUUUAGUAUACAUCAUUGUCAUGCUUUUUAUUUUGUAUCUACUUAAGAAGUUUGUCACUGUGACAACACAAGGAAAAAAGUUGGUUUCAGAUGUCAUUGAAAAUGAUGAGUUGAAUCAGAAUAUUUUUUCUUUGAAAGUCCAGUGAGGGGAGCUUCAAAUGAGAGCAUGGUGAGAUUUUAAGAAUCAGUAACUGUUCAUUCUGUGUUCCUGGGACUGAAAAAGAAAGUAAGAAGUUAGUACAUACCUACUGUUACCUUCUUUGGGAAGUGUUCUUUUAGGAUAGAAAUUCGUAUUUGCCUCUUCCCUGAGUUCCUUCUUUGUUUUAUCAAGGUAUUUCGGUAUGUUAUUAUGGAGUCAAGACUUUGGUUCAGUGGGGAGAAGAAGGCAUGGAGUAUUUUCUGUGUCUCAGUCCAUAAAGAAUGACUUUCCUACUGGUUCUAGAAGCUUGAUAGUUCUAAUUGAUCAGAUCAGAUCUAUAAAAAUCAUUAUUUUCAAAAGAAUAAAUUAUUAUCGUUACUAAGUUCUAGUAAAAUAUGCAAGUAUAAGUCAGAUUUUAAGCCAGAUGAAGUGGCAAGGGAAGAUGCUUUGUAUUUUGUUGUGGUGUCUUUAGUGGGGAGAACAGAUUGGGAGCAUUUGGAGGAGUCCUGAUUUGGAGGAGAGGUCAACAUGAACCUGGCUCCUGGCUACCACAGGGGAGCUUAUUUAUAGGUUUUAGUAAUUUCUAGUCCUGUAUCUGGUGAAGUAGCUCAUUCUCUCCCCUUCCCCAAUCAAUUUAAUGAUUAGAUGCUAAAUUAACAAAUCAACUUCUAUUUGGAUUAUAGCUCUGAGGGUGUGCCUGAUUGCAAUGAGUCGACAUGUGUUUCUGUAAUAGUAUUGUGUUAUAUUGAUUUUUUUAAAGUGUUUAAAUUUUGUGGCCACAACGAGCUAUUCCUCCUCGGUAUGGGAAAUAAAUUAGAUAUUGAAAAAUAUCUUGUCUGUUCCUUGGUAAUGGGAAGCAUAUUUCCAUGUUUUUUUCACCCUAUAUACUUUCAUUGUGAAUUGAAGACUUUGCACAUAGAAAAUAGCACACUUGCUGUGAAGCUAUUUACAUAAAUGGAAUGUAAGCCAUGUCUUUCACUGAGGUGUGCAUCGUCCCAGUUCUGACAGAUGGCUCUCCUUGAUCAUUUCAGAGGAAAUGAAGCCAAAAGAUGAUUGUACUUAGCGUAUUUUCACAAUGUGGGAAACCAGCUAAACAUUUAAUCUAAUCUAGUUUAGGGAUCUUGAUCUGGCAUUAUCAUGGUCUUGACUGGAACACUUCAUUAGAAAAAUCAGGUAAUUCUAUUAAACAAGCUCACCUGACACUAAUAAUUAUAAGAAACAAUUAGUUUUAAAUAUUAGAGUUUAUAUUGGCUUAAUAUGCAUUUAGGGAGAGAAACCCAUUUUUCUUAAUCAUGCCAGAAUUAAAAAGUAAAAAUUGUUUACUUUUAUCUAAAUUAACAUUGGUUUGUAACUAUUUUUAUAGUCCAACAAUGACUGCUGUAGUAAAUGUGAAAGGUAUAAUAGUUUUUCUAAAGAAGGGACUGUUGUUUUUCAAAACAUUUUCUAAAGUGGAGAAGAAAGUUUACAGACUUUAGAAGCAUACUUAUUUUUUUUCAGUAUUGUUACCAUGAUUUUAAAAAAAUAAAUCAACUUUCUUUUUCUAAGAAGUUAAUAGUAUUCUUUACAGUUCUGCAAGAAGAGUUAUUUUUUCACUUUAAUAUUUAUUAAUUUUAAAAUAUUUGUAUCUCAUUUGUAACAAGUUAUUUUAAUUUUUUUCUAUGUAUCUUUUUAUUCUUAAAAAGAACAUACUUAGUUCAUGGGGAUAAAGCUUUUAGGUAUAUUCCAAAAUAUUUAUAAAACACCUCAUUGAUUGUUGAGAAAUCACAUCCAAAAUGGACAUGCCUAUUUAAUUUUUUGAGCACAUAAUUGCACAGUUUAUGUACAUAUAUAUAUAUAUAUAUGAAUUUAUUUUUUCUGUGACCUUUAGUUGAAAAUAUCAGAUGUGUUUUGGAAAAGUCAGUUAAUUUGAGAACACCAAAGGAAACGACCCCAGAGCCUGAUGUGCUGAUCACAAUGCUUUAUGGAAAUUACAUUGUUGAUAGAUGUUUCCUCAUGAAGUCUCAACGGAAGUUACGUUUGUUGUGGAAUAGUGUCAUUGUUACAUUUUCCCCAUGAAGUUCAAUAAAACAGCUUUGCC